UGGGACUUACAAACGUUCUAAUCGUUCGGUCACCAGCAGCGCCACCCAUGCUUUCGGCCUCUCCAGCAGUGCCCGGAUUCCCUACUUUCUCUCUCCUCCUGCAUCUGUGUUCCUUUCCGUACCCUUAUCCCCCACGUCAUACACCCCUUAGUGGCUCGAUUGGACUUGUAUCCGUUCUUAUAUCGCGAUCCGCCAUGUCGGGGACGGGAUAUCGCAGCAGCGUCAACGGCAGCGGCGGAGGCGGCGGCAGCUGGAACGGAUCGUCUAUUCCUCCACCCACCGUUACUCCCUCCGCGCCUUUUCAUAAUCCCUCUGCGCCUGUCUGCUAUAGUUUCCUCUCCCCGGCUGGGUGUCGGUUCGGAAACCGCUGUCGUUUCUCGCACUCCGUCCUUCCCCGUUCCCAUUCCGCCCUUCCGCACCUUCACGCCGGGCCCUCCCACUCCGCGGCUUUUCCCCUAACUGGAAACCACCCCGCGCCUUUCCGCGCUGCUGCUCCCCAUCCCCCCACCCUGUCCGCGCUUCUCCCAUCCCCGAUAUACGCCGGCCACCCAGCUGCUAGUUUAGCCACUUGUACAUUCCAGCAGGUUCCGCACUCACAGUCAUUUCAGCACCCCCUUCCGAACCUGCAAGGAAAUGCCAACUGCGCUGGGCGUCCCGAGCCUGUGCGUGGGACUCCGAGCCGAGUUGCUAGGUUCGGAUCUGGAGCGGGAAUGGGAGGAGGGGAAGGACGGGGAAGGGGAGAAGGAAGGGGAGAAGGAAGGGGAGAAGGAAGGGGAGAAGGAAGGGGAGAAGGAAGUGGAGGAAGACAAGGAGGAAGGGGUGUGGGAGGGAGAGGGGAAAGGUCAUACAGGCACACAGACAGAGAGGGAUACAGGCACACAGACAGGCGCACAGACAGAGAGAAAUACAGACACACAGACAGGCACACAUACAGAGAGGGAUACAGACACACAGACAGGCACACAGGCAGGCGAAGCGGCAGGAGCACAGGCGGGCGCACAUGCAGGGGAACAGGCGGGCGCACAUGCAGGGGAACAGGCAGGCGCACAUGCCGGGGAACAGGCAGGCGCACAUGCAGGGGAACAGGCAGGCGCACAUGCAGGGGAACAGGCGGGCGCACAUGCAGGGGAACAGGCAGGCGCACAUGCAGGGGAACAGGCAGGCGCACAUGCAGGGGAACAGGCGGGCGCACAUGCAGGGGAACAGGCGGGCGCACAUGCAGGGGAACAGGCAGGCGCACAUGCAGGGGAACAGGCAGGCGCACAUGCAGGGGAACAGGCGGGCGCACAUGCAGGGGAACAGGCAGGCGCACAUGCAGGGGAACAGGCAGGCGCACAUGCAGGGGAACAGGCGGGCGCACAUGCAGGCACGCAUGCGGGCAUGCGUGUGAGUGUGAUGAGCUACAACGUGCUAGCAUCAUGCCAUGCGGCCAAGUUCGCCUGGGAGCUCUACCCCAAUGUGCCGAGAGCGGUGCUGCACUGGAACCAGCGGAGACAUGGGAUUGUGAAGGAGAUCAAGCGGCACUCUCCAGACCUCAUAUGCCUGCAGGAAGUCGACAACUACAGGGAUCUGCACGGAGCAUUGAGCAAGCUGGGCUACGAGGGCAUCUUCCAGUGCCGCACGGGCGGGAACCGGGAUGGCUGCGCCAACUUCUGGAAUACUAAGAGGUGGUCCUGUGUUGACUUUCAGUCCAUUGAGUUCGCUGCUUCGGGGCUGAGAGACAAUGUAGCUCUGCUCACUGUGUUGGAGUCUAGUGGAAAGGGAAUGGAAGCGGGAGGGGGAGCAGACGAUGGAGCCAAAGGGGAAGACGGAGAGAAGAAAUUGGCUGAGAGUAGUAACAGCUCCCUUGUCCUCGCCAACAUCCAUGUUCUUUUCAACCCCAAGCGGGGGGACAUCAAGCUGGCGCAGCUUUCAAGGCUCCUAUCUGCCGCGCACCAGCUGUCUGAGAAGCACGGCAGUUGUCCCGUGGUGGUCUGUGGCGAUUUCAACGCCACUCCCGCAAGUGCACUCUAUGACUUCAUCGCUUCAUCGCAGCUCGAUCUCUCUUGCACCGAUCGCCGAAUGGUAUCAGGACAGCUGGAGGGAGGGGAGGGCCAGCCGCAAAUCCGGUUCCAAGCAUCCGCCCGCAUGUGGCAGAAUGGUUUCGUGCCCAUCUCAGGAUCGAAAAGGCAAAGGGUGGAGACGAAUGUGGAUGGGAAAGAGAUGGGGGGGGUGGUGGGAUGUGCGGAUGGGGUGGUGGGAUGUGUGGAUGGGGUGGUGGGAUGUGUGGAUGGGGUGGUGGGAGGGAGAGAGGGGGAAGGUGACAUGACGGGAGAUGUGGGGGAGAAGGAAGAAGGGGAGGAAAGGGAGGAGGGUGGGGACGAGGAGGGAUUGGAGGAGGGUGAGGAGGUGAGUGAGGAAGAAGAGGGGGAAGAGGGGGAAGAGGGGGAAGAGGGGGAAGAGGGGGAAGAAGGGGAAGAGGGGGAAGAGGGGGAAGAAGGGGAAGAAGGGGGGGAACACGAGGGAGGGAAGGAAGAGGAGCAAGGCGGAAAUUUACAGCAGGAUAAAGUAGAGGAAACAGCAGAGGACAUUCAGCUGGGCUUGUCGGGAGAGGACUUAAAACGAGUUCACAUUGGGGGGGCAGGGGGGGGUAGUGUGGAAGGAUGGGAGAAUGGUGGCGGUGGGUGGGGGGGAACUACCUAUGAUUUGGGAAGGAUGGGAAGGAUGGGAAGGAUGGGAGGGAUGGGAGGAGGGAUGGGAGGAGGGAUGGGAGGAGGGAUGGGAGGAGGGAUGGGAGGAGGGAUAGGAGGAGGGAUGGGAGGAGGGAUGGGAGGAGGGAUGGGAGGAGGGAUAGGAGGAGGGAUGGGAGGAUGGUCCUAUGAGGAGCUAAGGAUCGCGACAGGGGGCGAUGGAAGGGGUACUGUUGUGAAACACCCCCUGAGACUCAAGAGCGCUUAUUCUCAAGCACCGACUGAUAAUCGUCAUGCAUGCCCAAAGGGAGAGCCAUUGCUGACGUCAUUCCAUGCAAGGUUCUGUGGAACUGUGGAUUACAUCUGGCACACGCACGAGUUGGAGGUGCGGCGAGUGCUGGACGUGCUUCCCACCUCCCACAUCUCCCACCACGGCGCCAUGCCCACGCGCCGCUGGCCGAGCGACCACUUCUCGCUGCUGGCAGAGUUCACUCUCAGGUGCCAGCCAGAGCAGCAAUGAAGGCAUCCUCCCUGCAGGCGCGGCGAGUAUUGGACAUACUACCUGCGUCCCACAUCUCGCAUCACCGCUCCAUGCCCACGUGCUGUUGGCCCAGCGAAGCGACCACUUCUCGUUGCUGGCAGGCAGAGUUCACUCUGCGGUGCCAGCCAGGACAGCAUUCAGCAAGCAGGUGCUGCUGCAACCAUGGGGGCGGUUUCCAUGCCAGAUGGCCCGUACAUCUCCCAUCACAGAGCCAUGCCAUAUGUGCCGCCUUUUUGAGGUGCCUAAGAAAUGUGCCGCACAUCUCGCAUCACAUCACAUUCGUGACUCAUGUAUAUAGCCUAUCCUUGUGGUCACGUCACGUUCAUUUGCUGGUGUUGCCGUCACAACUCCAAAUCAGAAGGUGCAAGGCAAGCCACGCUUGGUUGAAGAAUGCUGGAGCAUGCAUAUGCAGCAGGAAAGGAACAGUGUGCGUACGUAUGACACGAGUAUUUGAAAGAUGGGCUGAGCUUGCAAGCACAAAUGCAGGUUUGUGAGAGGCAAGGAGCUGCUAAUUGGCGUAUAUUAGAUUGCAGGACAUGUGUC